AUGAUUUCAGGUUUUUCAGUCAACUCUAUCAAGGUCUCUCAUCUUCAGUUUGCUGACGACACUCUAGUCUUUCUGGAUGCCAAAGAAGAAGAAGCUGAAAAUCUUGUCCUCAUUUUGCAAAGUUUUGAAGCAAUUACAGGUUUGAGUGUCAAUCUUAGCAAGAGUGUUGUCAUCAGCAUUGGUGCAGAUCACAAAGUAGAUGCUAUUGCAGAUAUACUCAGUUGCAGAAUAGAAAAAUUCCCUCUCAAGUAUCUGGGUAUUCCAAUUGGAGCAGCAGCUAGAAGCACAACAAUUUGGGAUGUUAUUAUUGAAAGUUUUUUAAAGAAAUUAGCUCCAUGGAAGAGGAGAUUUUUCAACAAAGCAGGUAGAGUAGUUCUCAUCAAAGCAACUCUGUCCAGCUUACCAAUUUACUUUAUGUCCAUUUUCCCUAUGCCUGUGAGUGUGGAGAAGAAGUUAGAUCAGAUAAUGAGGAAUUUCUUUUGGGGUUCCUCAAUUGAUGCAAGGAAAAUAAACUAG